GGCAGGGUACGUGGACUGGCAAGGGAAUGGGUGCUCCUGGUAUUACACCAACGAUCCGAAGUGUUCUAUCUAUGCCGACGCCAGUACGCUUGGCAACUGCAGCAUGACAUGCAACACUUGCGGAAAGUCGGGUUUGAUGUUAUGUUUGUGGAGCUAAACUUCUUGGGUUUUACAGCAUGGUCUUAGUUCACCUUAUAUAUGCGUGAAAAAGAACCUUAUACGCUUAGUUACGUGAAAAGAAGCCGUCGCACAACUAGGGCUACAUAAACUAGAAUGAUUCUCCCUCCAGUCUAAUUUCUGUCUCGAAGUUUGAUAUUACGCAAGACAAUGCGAU